AUCAACAUUCUUACAUUGUAGUCUGGACAUUUCCAAGAUUAAAACGGUGGUGUCUGGGAGGGAUAAUUAAUAGUCUCUCUCCCUCUCUUUCUCUCUCUAUAUAUAGGCUUUAAUUCUGAAAAUUUAAUGUAUACAAAUAAUUAAUUAAGCAUUAGAAGGGAAUUAGCAGUACAUAGAAAGGCGUAAUGGCAAGCAAGGCAAUAAGAAACGGAGUCCUUAUUCUUAGGAUUUUCACUCUCCUUGCUUUGGCUGCUUCCAUCGCGCUUAUGGCUCUCAACUAUUUUGACAAUGUCGAUGGUUCCGAAGCUAAGUUCAUGGAUCUCGUUGCUUACAGCUAUGUAGUGACAACUGCUGGCAUAGGAUUUGUGUAUACACUGAUUCAGAUCCCUUUUGCGAUAUACAAUGUGAUCAAAGAAAAGAGGUUGAUACCUAAUGGAUGGCUAAAAGUGUUCGAUUUUUAUGGAGACAAGGUGGUUGCAUUCUUAUUAGCAACAGGAGUUGGUGUUGGUUUUGAGAUGAUGAGGGUUUCUGGAGGUGGAAGUAAGAAAUUCUACGAUCGGGGCAACAUUUCGACUGGACUUCUAUUCGUAGGAUUCAUUUACAUGGCGUUUCUAAGUAUAUUUUCAUCGAUCCGUUUCUCUUCGAAAAAAGGAUAUUUUAAAUAAUUAUUUUUUUUCUUCAAUCUCUUGCUCUUGGGUAUCUUUCAUGUACAUGUAAAGUAACCUGUUCAAUAAGGGAAUGCCCAAUAAAGAUAUAUGAAAUGUCAUUGUGCUACCUCUUGUAAGUAACGGACCGCAUGUAUAUGUUAUAACAUUUUGUUACCUCUAAAAUAAAGGAAU